CCUAAUCAUCGUUGAAAUGCAUACCACAUUUCUGCUCGUGUGUAUCUUCAUUUCCAUGAAUCUACUUUGCACCGUCGAACCUGCCAGUGAGAAGGAGAAGGCUGAACUGCAAAAAAUCAAAUCUUCACCUGAAUUCCAGAAGGCCAGAGCCAAAGUUAUGGAAGCGUUGUCAGGCAAAAUCGACAGCUACGUUCUGGACACUCUGCGUAAGAAGAAAGCAUCAGCUGGAGGAAAGUGAUACAGCAUCCGAUAAACUCACCAUCAUGAAUGAUGUCUUAUGAUGUAAAAAUAAAUGGAACAUUUCAGUGAAUACAGAUUCUAACUCCAUUGCCUUAGGGUUGUUCUCAUUGUUAAUGUGUUAAACUGAGGUGACAAUUACUCCGAUG